AUGAAUAAUCUGCAAAUAGUCGGUGAAAAGUUGUAUUUACAAACUCGUUUCACGCCACAACGAUUGGAGGAAAAAUCAAAACACGUUGAAGAAUUUCCUUCACUUUUGAAAUUAUCGACAGAAAUUUUACAUCGAAUCUUUGAUUAUCUGGAUAUUGAAACAUUACUAUUUUCAUUACGUUAUGUAUGUAAACAAUUUCAUGAAUUAAUUCUGUUGUAUAACCGUUUUAAGUUUGAUUUUGAGUCGAUUUCUAUAAGUCGAUUGCGAUACAUUUGUCAUCUGAUUAACCCCGAAUUAGUUAUUGAAUUACGAUUGUCUAAUGAUAAUAAAACACCCAGUCAAAUUGAAUAUUUUCUUUCUGUGUGCGAUCUGCAUCAUUUUACUCGACUUCGUUCGUUGAUUGUUAUUCAAAAUGCCAAACAUUUUUUUACAAACUUAUUCGACUAUGUUCUCACUAGUCGGUCACUCAGCUCAUUUUCAAUUUACUAUUUAACUCGGAUCGAAAAGGUAUCUAAAGAUCAUUAUUAUCACACAUUAACUGGUCCUUCACUCAAUUCAAUUUCGUCAAUUUUUCAAAGAUCAAAUAUAAAGAAAUUUAAAAGUAAUCUGAAAUCAUAUCAAUUAGAGACAAUUCUACGACCUAUUCAAUAUUCAUUUCGGCAUUUAACCAUUCAGCAUUGUACUAAACAACAGUAUUAUUUGAUUUUACGUUAUUCACCACACUUACGAACGAUAUGUUUAGGAAGAAUUAAAAUGAAUGACGAAGGAUAUCAUUCCGAAGGUGAAUCUUCUUUUGCAUCCAGUUCAGAUGAAGAAGAAUCAGAAAAUAAUGAAUUAAUUUGCCAUUCUUUGGUUUCAUUAAAAUUUCAACGAUAUAAAGGAUCAAUUGAAAACCUUAAAGAAAUCCUUUUAUUGACACCGAUGUUGAAACAUCUGGAAAUCGUUGGUCAAACGAAAGUCACAGAAUUUGUAACAAAUACUUCAAUGUUAAAGGAAUUCAUUCCAAAUGCAUUAGAUUUAUUGCAAUCGAUCGGAGUAUUUCUUGUUAUUCACAUUGAAGAUGAUAAUUUUCCGCUCGGUAUGAAUCUUUUUCAAAUGAAUGAAAAACGAUGCCGUUUCACUUAUGAAUUUUUGAAAUCUCCAGAGAAAAUCUUUUUCUACUCAGUACCAAUUCCAAAGAUCGAUAUACAUUAUGAGAUUGAUUUCGAUCGAACUACGAUAUGUACUCUGAAGAAAAUCAAUCAAAACAUACAGCUGAAGAACAGGAUCAAAAGUACUCAACUGUGUUUUACGGACAAUGUGCCUUUCAAUUUCUCUCAAAUUCGACAAUCGAAUGGCUAUGUGUUCCCUAAUGUUACCGAUCUGGAAUUUCGGUUGACUGAAUUUUGGCCCUACAAUAGAAAAGAAUUCGUUUCGAUCAUGUUCAACCUUUCCUGCAUAACUAAGAUUAGUCUUCGUGGUAAUAGUUCGGUGUACACAGAUCAAUUCAUUUCUCAGAUGGAAAAACAAUUGAGAGAAAUAUUUAAGCAAACCAAAAAUCUAUCGGAACUUGAUCUGUACUCAGAUCAUCUUCUCAUUGCAUUCGAUGUUGACAAAAUCUAUUCGAUCAUUCCACAACAUGUCAAAUAUAUCAAAUUUCCCGCUGUUGGUCUCGAGAAAAUGAGAAAUAUUGUCGAUCAAUUCGAAAAUUUAUGGAGUAUGGAAUUUGCAUGGUCAGAACACAGAAUGCACCGUGACAGAGCUAAUAAAUGUGAAGGACUCAUCAACCACCUUCAAAUGAAAAAACGAAACUUUCGGUACCAAAAAAGUUUUUUUAGUCUUCUCAUUUGGUUCAAUUAUAUCAAUUCGGAGUGCAGUAUUAUCUCCGAUUCCGAUGAUUAA